AUGUGUCGGAUAGAGGAACGCAUGGAGUACGGCCUUGAUGGGCGACCCGUGACAUCUUCCCGAACCCGCCUGUGCGAGAAAGCACGCGACAGAAGACCAUGCCGGGACGUGGUAGUCGUACCCCAUCGAUACAACCCUAAGAGAACCUCGAACAUCCGUGACGAUACACCAUCACCGACAAACCCACCAACUCCUACAAGCAGCGGGACAUACCUGGUUCAAAAACGCCGUCCAUCUGGCAGUGGUAGCCGUCCUUCAACUCGGGAUGGCCAACGACCCAUCAGUACUGAGAUCGUCAUACAACUUGGCUCCAAGAAAGACAAGGUCAAAAAGUAUCCAUCGAUCUCUGUCUCCACCAAACCCUACGACCGUUCAUCACUUGGCUCUAGGGCAUCCAAUGAAGCGGCUAUCGAGUCUAUCGGCUCCGAGGCCUCGUACACUUUGCGAACGGGCUUUCCGGAGGCUCCUCUGCCUCCACCAGCUUUCGAUAGCUACCUUACCACUCCUACCACGUCUUAUGGGUAUCAUCCUUCUCAUGCUCCAUCGGCAUCUUCCAGUCAAACACCAUCGCUAUAUGCAGAAGAUGAACCACCGACUAAGCAGCGAAGUACGAGAUACCCUGCCACUGUCAUCCACAACCCGCCCCCUGUCGCUCCAUCUUCACCAUCUCAGCGCCCGACUGGGACGUCAUCUGGUUCAUACCGGACUUCUAGGGUCGCUCCACGGGACCUAUACACGUCAGACUACCAGAAUCCACUUGACAACGACAUCUUUGCCGACCACUCCUCAUACACUGGUUCAGGCGGACCUGAAGUCAACCGUCGCACCAAGAGCGGUGACGAGCGACAGAAGCAGUCAAAAUCUGGCCGACGUCAAGAAGACUCUGAGCGACAAGCGGCCGAGGAGAACGAAAGGCACGUGCGUUUCGAGCUUGGUCGCGCAGACAGUCGCAAAAAACAGAGAGGAGAAAGACUCCUAGCUGAAAAGGAGAAGGAUCGAGCCGCAGUCAGAGAGGAGUCCCGCCGCCUCAAGGAACAAGAGCGCUUGCAACAAGAGCGUUUGCGACAGGAACAGAAAGACCUCGAAGAGAAGGCAGCCGAGGAGAAGGCAGCCAAGGACCGCAAGAAGGAGAGGUCGAAGCCCCCAGCGACACGACCAUCCGCAUCACGCAGACUGUCUUCCUCAACCUGGACGCCAGCUCAGUUAGCAGAUCAGCAACGUUUGAUUGAAGCUGAGCAGGCGCAGAUGCGGAGUGAGAGGCUGGUUGCAGAAGCUCGGGAACGAGAAGAGGAACAGGCAACUCUCAAGAGCCAACAGCAACAGGAGAAACCUGGCUAUUGGGAUCCGCGUGGCGGUGAUCGUUCUCUCUCAACCCGAAGAGAAUCAAUGACUCGCCACGAUAGUGUCACCUCUACUCCGCGUCCGUCCGGGUUAACCCGGACUACGAGCAAGCGUCGUACAAGCAUCUCGCAACCCAAUCCUUCAGCACUUGGUUCCCAAGUGCCUACAGAAACGUACCGACCUUCCAGCUCGAGGAAACGUGCGCCUCCACCAUUGUCAUUCCCAGCGAACUUCAACCAGGAACACGCUAGGCCGCCAUCAGCUAGGCGUCCAUCCUUUGGUGGUCAAGAAAAUCCCUUUGCAGCUUCGGCAUCGGUGAUGUCGCCUUCCGCGGUAUCGCAAGACCCAUGGGAUCUUCGCAACGUCGAAAGUGCGCUUCCGGCUACCCGACCAUUGAACGAUGGCCGUUAUGACAUGACGCAGCCACACAGCUAUGUCGACCCCUUCGCAACAGACUCUGACAGUCCGGGGGAUUACAUCCAGCCUGCUUACGCAUCGCGCACGGGAUUGAGCCGAAAAGGCUCAAAGAGGAGGCCCUAA